GUAGUUUGCAGUUAGCUCAUCUGUUCGCUGUGAUCAUCACACCAAAAACAAAAACAUUCCAUCUUUUUUUGCAGAGUGAUUCUUGAGAAAUUCUUCCCCUAAUCAAAUCCCCGACUCCUAGACAAGGCCGGCACUCACGACCCAUGUUAGAAUAAUAGUAGAGAGAGAAAGAGAGAGAGAGAGACGACUAGUUGACAAGACGGCUGGAAUUCUGCAUCACAGAGUCCACGUUUUUUCCAUAAUAUCUCCACUGAUUUCAUAUAAAUACAGCUCAUUCAUCAACCCAAAUUCAACUCUUAUUUGGAUUUAUUGCACCCCCACAUAAUCGUACCAAUCUGCAAGAACUCCCAAUCAUAUGCACAACUGAAAAAUUGUGUUGCUUGGACAGGUGCAGGGGAAAGGAGCAAAUGCUUUAUAACUUCUGUAAUACCUUAUCUGCCUAGAUUUCAAGAACAUUAUCGUGGGCAAAAGAGAAUGUCUCCGAAAGGCAAGGAGGAAAACAAGGUGACUCUUGAUUUGGCAGCAUGGUUGUUCAACAUUGUCACCUCGGUUGGAAUCAUCAUUGUCAACAAAACUUUGAUGGCUUCCUACGGUUUCACUUUUGCUACAACUUUGACUGGCCUGCAUUUUGCUGCCACGACCAUGAUGACUCUCAUCCUCAAACGGCAUGGAUACAUCCAGAGCUCGACUCUGCCAGUGUCGGAUCUUGUGAAGUUUGUUUUGUUUGCGAAUUUUUCUAUCGUUGGGAUGAAUGUGAGCUUGAUGUGGAACUCAGUGGGAUUCUAUCAGAUCGCGAAGUUGAGCAUGAUCCCAGUGUCGUGCCUCCUCGAAGUGGUGCUGGACAGAGUGAGAUACUCGAGGGACACCAAGCUGAGCAUCUUAGUCGUUCUGUUAGGCGUGGCGAUCUGCACAGUCAACGACGUGAGUGUCAAUGCUAAGGGGUUCGUUGCUGCUCUGAUAGCCGUUUGGAGCACUUCUCUGCAGCAGUAUUUUGUUCAUUAUCUUCAACGGAAGCACUCCAUCGGCUCGUUCAACUUAUUAGGCCACACGGCACCACCUCAAGCCGCAUCGUUGCUGCUGGUCGGGCCGUUGAUGGAUUACUGGCUGACGAGCAAGAGGGUGGAUGCGUAUCACUACACCAUGUCAUCGGUGAUGUUUGUUGGGAUAUCUUGUGCCAUUGCUAUAGGAACCAAUCUAAGCCAGUUCAUCUGCAUAGGAAGAUUCACAGCGGUCUCGUUUCAAGUGCUCGGGCACAUGAAAACCAUCCUCGUGCUAACGUUAGGGUUUCUCUUCUUCGGGAAAGAGGGGCUCAACCUACAUGUGGUUGUUGGGAUGGUGGUGGCAGUGGUCGGGAUGGUCUGGUACGGUCAUGCCUCUUCUCAACCGGGUGGGAAGGAGCGCGUCUCCUCUCCCUCGUCUAGCAGCAAACUAGACGAGGAAGAGGUCGUGCUGGUGAAGUCCAACGAGCCGGAGGAGGAGGUGUAGCCAUGGCAGAGAAGCUUCUGUGAGCUGAAUUUUGGCACUAGUCUGUAGAGGUAUAGAAUUAUACAAUCUAUCUUGUUAUAAAACAUAUAUAUACAAUAGAGUUUGUCAUUCUUGAUUUAGAUUCACUUGAAUUUUAUUUAAAUUGAUUUCCAGUCUUUCUGUGAGAUGAGAUUGUUUCUGCA